AUGGAUCUUGAACCAAGUCUCUUCGAUGAUCUCAUUCAUGAUAUUGGAGAACGAGCGCAGGGGGUGUUUCUUUGGGUACGUCUCGUUGUCAAGUCGCUCCGCAACGGCAUCAUCAACGAGGACCCUGUGUCCCUACUUCAAGAGCGGUUGCGCGCGAUACCUUCGGACUUAGAAGAGUUCUUCGAGCACAUACUGGGGUCUGUCGAAAGAAUCUAUCGGAGCCGGAUGGCCAGUACAUUCCUCGCCGCUAUGCGGAGCCCUCAUCAGCUGGAAUUGAUACAUUACUACUUCCUGGAACAAGGCAACCCAACUUUCGGCUUCGAGAUGCCCAGCAUGAGAUGGCGACAUUCCUCGAUACAGAAGCGUGCCGCUCAGACCGAGAGACGACUCAACGGUCGAUUCAAAGGCCUUCUGGAGGCAGCUUCGACGACUGACAUCUCUGCGCAGACCAAGGUGGACUUCCUACAUCGUACGUUGAAUGAUUUCCUCGCUACAAAGCGCAUGAGGGAGAAACUUGGGUUCUGGGCGUCAAAUGAACUCAAUGUCUUUACUGGCAUAAGUAAAGCUCUGAUUGCCGAAUCAAAGUUCAUCGAGCGAAGUUCAUGUCCCUCUAGCCUGAAGCUUGCCGUGGAACUAGCUAGCCAAGGCGCUGUCGAAACAGGCAAUACGGCUGACUGCUUCGAAGUUAUCGACCAGGCAGAGCUAGAGGAGGAGCGCAUACGGCCAUACCACACAACGUGCGGUCUAAAUUGUGACAUCAUCCGGUUUGCAGCUUCCAUUGGCUAUGUGGAGUAUCUGAAAUAUCGAGUGCAGAGGGAUGGCAGUCUUUUGGACCUCAAUCGUAUACUCAAACAUGCUAUAGCCUGCCCCGUCAGUUUCGAUGACACAUACGAGCUGCAUCUACCCUCCUCUAUUGAACGCCGCCGUACAAUCGAUCACUACAACGACCGGUCUCCUCCAUCGGUUUCGAGUUUAGUUGGAAUUGCUAUCAUACCUUCAUUGAUAAAGCAGCUGUUUGAAAUUGGUGUCGACCCUAACUCUGUCGUCGAUGGUGCAUCCAGUUGGAUGACUUUCGCAGACGGUUUGAUAAGAUCAUUGGACGGCAAACAAAAAGACCGAUACUGGGCUGUUUUAGAAAUGUUUCUUGAACAGGGUGUGGAUGUGAACAUGGCGACAGGCAGCUGGAUCGGCAUGCUGACUCGUAUAGAUGCCACAUUGGAGGAUAACCUGCGCACCACUUUGCGAUACUUCAAGCGCCUGUUUGACCGUGGCUUGAAUCCGAACGUCGUCUUGCGAGACACCACACUUACCACAGUCUUCUUACGCACGCUGGCAAGUGACUCUCUGCAUCUCCCAAUCGCUUCGCAGCGCAUCAAACACGAAAUACUGCGAGAGUUCCUCCAACACGGCGCAGACAUCUCCGUCGUAUACCUCGACAGAACCCCUGAUGGAUGGCUUAAUUGUGUAUGUCGCGAAUUAGCAACUCGCCGAUCCGCGUGGAACGAUUUGCUCUUUCCGCGUCUCGAACAAUACCGCAUCUUACUCGAACAUGCAUUGGAUCCCAAUGUGACCGUACAAGGUUAUCGCACGUUAUGGGGCGGUCUUGUCGAAGCCAUGCGUAAUGGUGUCCAGCAACGCAUACACGACGUGGGAUCCUGCCAACCUGUCCGCGAUAUGCUCCAUAUGUCUUUGCAGUAUGGUGCGGAUCCCCAUCUGUUUGAGCUUCAACAGCUCAAGAUAGAAGCUCCAGUCGUUGUCUCAUUCCCUCAUAACGACGUAGACCGAGCGACUAACAGGAGAGUUGAUCACAGGAUAGCCCAGAUCAAGCUGCAACCUUUUGUCCGACCACGAGAUUUCGAUCUUCCGAAGAUAAGAGAUCCCGUGCAUUCGAACAGCCCAUUCUCUUCUGCUGCACAACAAGCGAGGCAGGUCGUGAAACGCGAUCAUAGGCAGGUGUCUCACGGCGGUCGGGGCUCGGAUCCGAAACGUGUUCGGUUUAACUAG